AUGAAUGUAAAGACAGACGUGGAACGGCUCGGUUUCCACCGCGAAUUAGUGAAUCGCGUUAAACUGGAGAGUUCUAAUCGGCUGGUGGAAUGCCAGAUUGCUUAUGCUCAGUCCAUUCCUGGCGAUGCAUUCGUUGAAACAGACGGGCCUUUCGUCGUCGGCGGGACCUCAGGGUCCAGCUUGGAUAUUUGCCUUAAAGAGGCGUUCGACAAAGAGCUGCCUUCAUGGAAAGCCCACCGACAGAAUGUGUUUGUCUGCGGUAAGAAGAUGUACAACGCGUUUGUGUACACCCAUCGUUGGACGCUACUUAUUAACCUUCGUUAUCAGGCGCCCUCCAACGACAGCAGAUUCGUGCAGUUCAACGUCGACAAUCCUUCCGUGUUGAUUCGAUGCAGUGAAGACGACUUUUGGAAGGCUACCGUUGCUAAAUGCGGCCAGCGGUCAGUCUUUAAUGCACCGUGUGAUUGUCGGGAGUGUUACCGAUCGCAUAACCUUUGUACGUACCUUGUCGUCCGUCCAUCGUCGAAACCGAAGAGUGCCAGGGUCGAGGUCCCCGUUGUCCCCCUUUUCUUCAUGCCGUUCGUAGUUUGCGCCACGCUUGUCAUCGUAUGCUCGUGCUGCGUUUACCUCGUUGUCAUUGGCUUUUCUGUUCCGAUUCCCAAAUUUUUCAGGGACCAAGUUUUCAUCGUAGAGGUCGAGUCGUGGCAUUUGGCGAUUCGGGAUUCGCCAGUUUUGGUCACUGAAACUUUUUAUCGUCUGGCCGGAAUUUUUCCUUAUAUCAUCGCCGCAUACAAAAGCCUACUAGCGGAAAAAGAGGCGCUCCAGUCAUCAUUAGCCGUCCUUAAAGACUCUUGGCGUAAUGAAGAUGAAACAGUACAUGUUUCUACGCUAAAUGCUGACAGCUCGUCGACCUAUAAAGUGGACGACGAAGUCAAGGCCACUCUUAGUGCAUUGUUAAACGUCAUCUGUGAGAAGGAAGAUGCUGCAGCUGUUCGCACUCUAGAGUCGGAAAACAUUGUGUGCCUCCGAAGAUCGUUGCAGAUUCUUGUGGAAGAGAAGAAGCGCCAGGAUGAUGCAUUCAUGGCUGAUCGUAAACAUUUGCUCGCACGAAUCGAGGAAUUGAUGACUGUCGUGAAACAUGACGAGAAAAAGUGUGCUCGUCCUCCAAGCUCGGCAAAGUGUGACUAUGAAUCGGAACGCCAUAUUGAGGCCAUGAAAAACGAAGCCUUGCGCUUGAAGAAUGCCCAGACUCAUUACGAAUGCAAAAUCACCUCGCUCGAAGGCAAAAUAGUCGAUUUGACAGAUACUUUAUCACAGUGUGAAUACGAAAAUGAAAAGUACGCGCAGAUGCUCAACGCGAUGAAGAUUAGUGCAGAUAGUGAGGAUGCUGCUCAGAUCAGCGAAAGUGAAAAAUCAAAUUCUCCAGAAGUCAGGACAGUCAAAGAAGAUAUUAAGAAAAAUCGCUCUGAUGAGGUACCGGAAUUUGAUGCUUUGCAAACGAAUCUGCCUCCAACCUCAGAAGCUCAUUCUGAAUAUUCAAGCCGAUAUUUUCAUCUGCUGGAGGAGUUCGAAAACUUUAAGAUGCGCGCUGCAUCUACCAAUACCAUGGUACGUCUUUAUGAAUUGAUAUGA